AUGCUCACAGGAGCGCACAGUUUGGACGAGUUGGAAGUGAUUCGCAAGGAAGUCACUGAGGUUUUGGAGUUCGUCGGGAGGAGGAGGCUGCCGGAGAAAGUGUACAGCGACAACGCCAGGAAUUUCGUAGGAGCGAGCAACGUGCUGCAGGAGCUGAACGCAGCGUUUCACCACAGCAAGGAUCAGCUGAGAGGGUACGCGGCUCAGAGAGGCAUCGAGUGGUAUUUAAUACCGCCGAGGUCACCACACUUCGGAGGCAGCAGUCAAGUCAACCAAGCAUCGACUGCUGAGAGGGGUCGGCAACGUCAAGCUAACGGAUUGAGCACCCACCUGGUCGAGGUAGAGGCGCUGCUCAAUUCUCGACCAAUUGCAUCGCCUGGCAACGAUCCCAACGAUGGAGAGGCGCUGACACCAGGACACCUGCUGAUCGGUCAGGCUCUUCUUUCGCUGCCGCACGAGUCCGGGACAGGCGCAAUCUCCAGCAAGGCCGGAUGCGAGUACUUGAGGCGGUGGCGAAUGCUGUCCGCUCUCAAGCAGCAGUUUUGGGGCAGCCGGUCCAAGGACUACCUCGUCAGCCUCUAG